AACUAGUAGUUUUAAAUGGCAGUUUGAUCGGGCUAAACUUUGCCAAAAGGUAAGACCAAAUUUGGCCUCGGUUGGACUUGCUACCUGCAAAACUCUCCGAAAAUGAUAAAUCUCUCUCCCUCCCGCCUCCGCUUCUGUCCCCUUUCUAUUCCGGCGGCAGUGAGGCGGACAAUCUAGCACACCACUACAGCAAGGGGGUCGCCAGGAACCGCACCGACGAGGAGGCCUACGCCGUGCUCCGCGAAUGCGACAUGGCUCCCAACGAGACGGCGCAGAAGCUGCUCCUCCAAGGAGCCCAAAAUGCAUGGGAUAUGCUGUCUGAGGAGCAAUCACAGAAACACAUCACUACUGGCUCUGGUGACCUGAACGGCAUACUUGGUGGAGGGAUUCAUUGUAAAGAAGUUACUGAGAUAGGUGGGGUUCCAGGAAUUGGUAAAACUCAACUGGGGAUUCAGCUAGCAAUCAACGUCCAAAUUCCCGUGGACUAUGGUGGCCUUGGCGGCAAAGCAAUUUAUAUUGAUACAGAGGGCAGUUUCAUGGUUGAACGCGUCUAUCAAAUUGCUGAAGGGUGCAUCAGUGACAUAAUGGAGUAUUUUCCAUGCCACCAUGACAAGUCGUCAUCUGGCCAAGAAAAUCUGCAGCCCGAGAGUUUCCUGGCAGGAAUCUACUACUUCCGAAUAUGCAGCUACACUGAACAGAUUGCGGUGAUAAACUAUCUGGAGAAAUUCCUCGGAGAACAUAAAGAUGUGAGAAUAGUUAUUAUUGAUAGUGUUACUUUCCACUUCCGACAAGAUUUUGAUGAUCUGGCUCUGAGGACUAGAGUGCUCAGUGGAUUAUCAUUGAAGUUGAUGAAGCUUUCAAAGUCAUAUAACUUGGCGGUUGUCUUGUUGAACCAAGUAACUACUAAAUUUACAGAAGGAUCAUUUCAGUUAACUCUUGCUCUAGUGACUGCAAGUCGACAGCAUCUCCGAAGGGGUUGGAUGUUAGCUCGCAAAAUUUCUUCUCCAAGUAGAAUUGCUGACAGUAAGGUGACAGCUGGUCCCACUCGUGCACAAAUCGACUGAUUCUGUACUGGAAAGGGAACGAGCGGUGUGCAUACCUGGACAAGUCCCCUUCACUUCCUGUAGCUUCAACACCGUAUGCAGUGACAAGCAAAGGGGUGAGAGACGCUGGCAGUUCAAGCUGCAAGCGAGUUAGGGUAAUGUAGCAACGUUGAAAUGCAUGGUCUCGCAUCCAAAGAAUUGCGCCGUUCGCUUAGGAAAAGUGAAGUAGCUACUGGAAAAGUGAAGUAGUAGUAGUAGUAGUAGCUACUGGAAAAGUGAAGUUCAACUCAUUUGGUUGACCCAGUGAUUCAAAGAUGCACCCAGUGCCCCAACAUUAAAAUGUCAUAUGACAGCAUAUCUGCAAUCUGCCGUGAACAUGAUCGGAAAUGGGUAGUAGUAGCACGCAGUGCCUCAACUAUUGAGACUAGAAGCGUUGCGCGCGCUUCACUGUGCCGGUUGUAGCCCUGGUGAUCCUAUUAUGCUAUUUCACUAAAACUUCU